AUGCUCGAAUAUACAUCGAUAUACGUCCUGUCUGCGUCCUUCCUAGUCGGACUACCAUUCGCAGUUCUACUAUACGCAUACAUCAAUAGUAGACGGUCUCCAAAACCAAAUCGUGAUGGCACUCUACGUAUCCUCAAGGAAAAGUCUCCCAAUCUCCCACCGGCAUAUCCACUAAAAGCGUAUACCUUGGCCCAAAUAACAUCUAUAGGCCCUUUCCCCUGUUAUGCAACCUUAACCGGCGUCCCUCUUCCAGAGCCCUAUCAUGCUUUCGAUAUAAAAACUGCUAAGCCCCGUCCAUACCGUCCCUUCCGCUGGGCGUACCACCAAACUAUGUCAUUGACAAGAUUAGAACCAAACUGGUGGCUAGAACUCGAAGACACCUACUCCACCCGCCUCCUCCAACGAUCCCAAAUCCUUCAAAAAUACAAAACCAAGAUCAUCGAUAGACAUCUAAACAUCAGCAAUCCCUGGCGUGUAGAAGUAGCAUGUCAAGAACUUAUGGAAAUGGUGAUUCAAUUCCUAUGUUCGCGAUAUCCACAAUAUUUCCAUUUCGAUACUUCGAAGUUUGUGUUUUUGAAUAGGAUAUUGGGUAGGGAGUUUGAGGUUUAUAAGAUGGACCCGCUGGAUUUUGUGUUUCAGAAUGUACCGGAGGAUUUUGCGAUUGUGAUGCCGGAUGAUGGGAGGGGUGGGAAGUAUGUAUUUGUGGCGGGGAUGAUUUGUAGUAGCGUUGGGUGGGAUUUGGGGGAGAAGAUUGGAAAGGCUUUGGGGGAGAUUCAUGGGGUUGUGCCGGAGUAUAAGGAGAAGAUGGAAAGGAGUAUGGAUCGAUACUUUUCGAAGUUGACAACGGAUAAACCGAUUCAGAGAGGUUCAUGGGAUAUUGUCGUUGGAGAGCCGUUAUUCGUCUGCGGAGGUGAAAAAUUUAACAAGCGACGCAGUGGACAAGAUCACAACAUCAAAGAGGAAGAUUUGACAUUGAGAGUGGACUGGCAGACGUUAAGACGGCUACCACUUUCUGGGGGUAUAGUUUUUAACUAUAAAGCGCUUUUUACGCCGGUAAAGGAGUUUGAAGAUGAACCUGGGGUGCCAGCUUUGGUAGAGAAGGUAUUGAGGGAAGGGAACAAGAAGAUUUUGGAGUACAAGGGGACUUGGCAUGUAGAACAUGUGGUUUUGCCGAUGUUGGAGAGGAUGAAGAGGAGACAGGUGGAAAUGGGGGUUUGGGAAGAGGGGAAGGAGGUGAGGACUUUGGAAGAGAGUCCGUUUUAUAGAGGGUGGGAGGAGAAGUGGAGGAAUCAGCAGGAGUUUUAA